AGUUCGGGAAGCCGAGACGACACGAAGGAGAACGAUCUUUGCGUGCCGAAUACCAGCCUCAGUGCGUCGAUCAUUCCCCGAAUCACGAUCAUUCCCUUGAUCGGUAUUCGGUUCAGUGACACUAGAGCUACCUGGAACCUCCCGAUCAGGAGUGCAAAAUUGUUCCAGCAAAUUAAUUCAGUAGGAUUUGAGACUUAAAAUAAGUGCUACCAAGGCUUCUUUCUUCCUUUCUGGUUUUACGAACCGACUCUAUAGAGUCAGGUACUUCCUUUUGUGAACCGAAGACGUGCAGGUGAAAGGGAAUUUAUUCUACAGUGUGGUGAUGAUAUAUUCCUCAAAUCUACAGGAUGUUUCAUUCAUAGAUCGGAAAUUCUGAUCAGAAUGAACGAAAAUUGCGUAGUAAAACGAAGAAUUUCCUUUAUGAACCAACGAUGACCCCAGAGAGUGAUGACAAAAAACAGAUGAUAAUAAAAGUCGAAUUCCUCUGAUAAAUUUGACUGAAAUCUGAAGAAAAUAGUUUCGGAAUGCCCAAAGUUGAUUAGCUCUUGGCUAUAAAAAUAAUAAGAAGAGGAGACCUUAAUUAAUAUAUUGAGUCACUCCAAAUGGAAGUUGAUUAAUUGAAUAAUGAUGUGGCCGAGAGUCAGUAGACUUUGCCGCAUUUGGCCCAUUUUAUUGGUUACAUUGAGUGUAGGUGGCCUGUUUUUAAUUUGGCCAAAAAAUGAAGCUCAGGAUGCGGAAGAGUUUGAAUCUUUUCGUUCGGGAAGAGGAAGGGAUUACAUAGAUCGUAGAGGAAUACAUGUAGUGGUAGGUCACUAUAUCGGGGAUUCAGUUGAUCCUUUAAAAAGUCCUAAUAUUAGUAAAGAUCUCAUUAAUAAAAAUAUGUUCAAUCCGCGACCGUUUGAAGGAAGGGAUGGAGAUCCAGUUUUGAUUCCAUCAAAGGAUUUUUACGUGAUGCAGCAGCUUUUUCAGAUUAAUCGAUUUAAUUUAAUGGCGAGUGAUCGUAUUCCUUUAAAUAGGUCUUUGCCUGACGUGAGAAAAAAGAGGUGUAUAUCACGAUAUGCAAACACAGAAGGUCUGCCAAAUACGACAGUUAUCAUAGUUUUUCAUAAUGAAGCUUGGAGUACACUUUUGAGGACAGUGCAUAGUGUAAUCAACAGAUCUCCAACGCAUUUGCUUGAAGAAAUAAUUUUAGUCGAUGACGACAGUGACAGAGAAUUCCUCAAGCUUCCGCUGGAUGAAUACGUGGGCAAAUUGACAGUUCCGACACAAGUAAUUAGAUCGGGAAAAAGAGUAGGACUUAUAAAUGCGAGGCUUCUGGGAGCAAAAGCAGCUAAGGGAGCAGUUCUCACAUUUUUGGAUGCUCAUUGCGAGUGCACGGUUGGAUGGCUCGAACCACUGCUUGAAGCGAUAUCGAAAAAUCGAACCAGAGUUGUUGCACCUGUGAUUGAUAUAAUUAAUGAUGAUACCUUCAGUUACGUAAGGUCUUUCGAAUUGCACUGGGGAGCUUUCAACUGGGACCUCCACUUUCGAUGGUUAACCCUCAGUGGAAAAUUUUUGAAAGAACGGAGAGAAAAUAUUGUCGAGCCUUUCAAAACCCCAGCAAUGGCGGGUGGUUUAUUUUCCAUGGAUCGGAAUUACUUUUUCGCCCUUGGGAGUUACGACGACCAAAUGCAAAUUUGGGGAGGAGAAAAUCUCGAGUUAUCAUUUCGGGUCUGGCAGUGUGGAGGGUCCAUUGAAAUUGCACCGUGUUCUCACGUAGGACAUCUAUUCAGAAAAUCUUCACCCUACACUUUUCCCGGAGGUGUUGGAGAAAUUCUUUAUGGAAAUCUUGCGAGGGUUGCUCUUGUCUGGAUGGAUGACUGGGCUGAAUUUUAUUUCAAAUUCAACCCACAAGCUGCGAGACUGAGAGAUAAACAACAAGUCAGAUCUCGAUUAGAAAUGCGCAAGAAUCUACAAUGUAAAAAUUUCGAAUGGUACCUGGACAACGUCUGGCCUGAACACUUUUUCCCAAAAAAGGAUCGAUUUUUCGGACAGUAUUUGAUUUGUUGUCACACUCAGAUUCAGCAUGUCCGAACGAAUAAGUGCUUGAUAAGGCCCAUGGUGAAAGGGACUUAUGCUCAACCUGCCGGAAACGUGAUGCUUCUCCCUUGUAUAGAUCCACCCAAUUUGGUCCAAAUGUUUGUGAUGACCAAAGAGGGCGUGAUAAUGACUGAUGAAAGUGUCUGUCUUGAUGCACCUGAAAGAGAUACUCGACACGAGAAACCGAAAGUCAAGAUUAUGAUGUGCAAUGGUCUCGAAAGACAAGAGUGGGAGUACAACGAGGAGACCAGGAAGCUGAUCCACAAAUCAUCAGAAAUGUGUUUGCAAGUUUCACCAGAUAAUAAAGAAGGUCCAGUAAUUGCUCCAUGUGUCGAAACUCUGGAGCAAGAAUGGAUAUUCAAAUCCAUUCCAUGGAAAUAAAGUUUAAAUUAUAAGUCGACUCUUAAAUAUUUAAAAAAAUAAUAGAGUAGGCCAAAAAUAUAAAAAAAUUUAAAAAUCGAAA